AUGCAUUUCACUCCAGAAUUUGUUGAUGUCUUUCUCGAGGAGAUACGAAGUGGUUUACCACCUCAAAGAGGGAUUGAGCAUCAAAUAGACUUCACUCUAGGGGCUGCCACACUAAAUAGACCAGCCUAUAGAAGUAAUCUAGAGGAGACAAAGGAGCUUCAAAGGCAAGUAGAUGAAUUGAUGUCUAAAAGUUCUAAAGGUCUAGAUGUUGAUGAGGAAAAGGUGCAAGCAAUUAAGGAAUUGCCGACACCUACCAACAUUAGCCAACCUAAGGAGUUUGUCAUACAUACAAAUCAUGAGAGUUUGAAGCAUCUCAAGAGGCAAGAUAAGUUGAACCGAAGACAUGCAAAGUGGAUGGAUUUUAUUGAGACAUUCCCAUAUAUGAUCAAGUAUAAGAAAGUUAAAGAGAAUGUUGUUGCUGAUGUAUUAUCCCAAAGGUAUGCUUUGCUUAAUGCUCUUAAUUCUAAAUUGCUGGGUUUUGGGUUUAUUAAGGAGUUGUAUUUGAAUUACAAUGACUUUGGUAAUGUGUUUAAUACUUGUGCUAAUGAGGCUGCCUUUAAUAAUUUCAAUGUAUUUGAUGGAUAUCCUUACCAAAAGAAUAGUCUAUGCAUUUAUAGUUGUUCUUUGCAUGAGAUACUUGUUAAAGAGGCACAUGAGGGCGGUUUAAUCGGUCAUUUUAGGGUGCAUAAGACUUAUGACAUACCGAUUGAACAUUUCUAG